CGUGGUCCUGACACCUGUCUGGCCCAGGCGCUCGCGAACGGUCUCUGGGACCCUAGGACUGCAGGAAAUACAUAUCCAAGUCCACAGGACCUCACCUGUCUUUCAGGAAGAACAAAAACAAAAGUUAACACUUUUCGAGCGUUCGCUUUGUGCCAGAUCUCUCUAAGAACUGUGUAUGCAUUAUGUCCUCACAGCAACUCUCUGAGGUACUCCUUCCAACUACAGAAGCUGAAGGGGCCACAUCCUCCUUCUCCCUGGCCCUGGCAGCUGAGGCUCCACCAGUGGGAAUUUUUGACUCUCAAGAGGUGUCCUACAUAGGCCAGAACUGCAGAGAAAUUCCAGAACACCUCGGCAGGGACUAUGGACAUUUUGCGAAGAGGCUCGAUCUGAGUUUUAACCUUCUGAGGUCACUGGAAGGACUGAGCGCGUUCGGGAGCCUGGAGGAACUCAUCUUGGACAACAAUCUGCUGGGGAACGACCUCGUGUUGCCAGGGUUACCCAGGCUUCAUACCUUAACCCUCAACAAGAACCAAAUCACUGACUUGGAGUGCCUGCUUGACCACCUGGCAGAAGUGACACCAGCUCUGGAGUACCUCAGCCUGCUCGGGAAUGUAGCAUGUCCCAAUGAAUUGGUCAGCUUGGAAAAGGAUGAGGAAGACUACAAGAGAUACAGAUGCUUUGUUCUGCACAAGCUGCCCAACUUAAAGUUUUUGGAUGCCCGGAAAGUAACCAGACAAGAACGAGAGGAAGCUUCAGUCAGAGGGGCGUUCAUGAAGGUGGUGAAGCCCAAGGCUUCCAGUGACAGCACUGCUGCUUCUCCAGACUGCCACUACACACCCCUGCCUUCUGCCUCCAGGGAACUCACCAGUCAUCGAGGUGUCCUGGGGAAGUGUCGCUAUGUUUACUAUGGGAAAAACUCAGAGGGAAACAGGUUUAUCCGAGAUGACCAGCUCUGAAGGCAAGUUCUAUAUGCC